GGUAAAUCUUACUUGAGUUUUUAAUGAACAUUUCCUUUUUUGGGAUUUCCCUUUCAUAUCUUCUCCAGUUGCAUAUUCAGGAGUUCUGACCUUCUCUGAUGUCACUAGUUCUUCAUUAACACUUAACUGGACUCAAGCUCCUGGACCAGUGGUCUCCUACACAGUAACAGCAAGAGGACCCACAAGUCAAAUUAAGACUAUUAUCACGGGCAAUGUCACAGGAACUGUUGUGACGGAUAUGAUCCCAGACAGUGUCUACAAUUUUACAGUGGUCCCCACAAAGUGCAACGUCCAGCUUGACAUGGCCACUGGUUUAGUACUCACAGGAACAGCUCCAACAGUAGAUCCAAGCCAACCAGGGAAAAACUAUUACAUCCUAACAAACAGCCUAAUGUGGAGUAGUGCUCAACAGGCCUGCAUGACCUGCUUUGAAGAUCUGGCAGUGAUCAACUCUGCAGAACUCACCCAGGCUAUUCCCAGUCCUUCUUAUGCCACUUGGAUUGGACUUAGUAGAUCCAGUGCUGGGGAUUUUGUGUGGGUCGUUGACAAUCAAACAGUUUAUGGAAACUGGGCUGCAGGAGAGCCAACUAAUGACAACUGCGUAUACCUGCAAACUAAUAAAAUGUGGAACAGUUAUCCCUGCAGCAAUGGCCUCUGGUAUAUGUGUCAGGAAGACCCCUAUCAGGGAACCUUGACAGCCUCCAGUAUCACCAGCUAUUCAGUCACGCUGAACUGGACUCAGGCACCAGGGCCGGUGACCUCCUAUACCCUGAAAGUGACCGGACCUACAAAUCAGACGCAAACCCUCACACUGGGCAAUGUCACCGGGACUGUUCUGCAGUACCUGAUCCCGGCCAGCUUGUACACAUUCCAAGUGAUCCCAAAUAAAUGCCAACAAAGCCUGAACUCAGUCACGGGCUCCGCUUACACAAGUCCACCCCCCAGCCCAAGUCCAUUUGAGAAACGGUUUUACAUUCCCUCAGGUUCUCUCACCUGGGAUGCUGCCAGGAGUACUUGUCAGUCCUGCUUUGAAGAUCUGGCAGUCAUAAAUUCACCAACGCGAAUGCUGAAUGUCCCUAACUCUGGAAAUUCUAUGUGGAUUGGAUAUCGGAGGGCAAGCGAUAACUUCUUUGCAUGGGUUGAUGGGAACCAGACACUGUACAGCAACUGGGUCACAGGAGCGGACAGCAUUACUAGCUACGAUUGUGCUUACCUGCAGACUAAUAUGAUGUGGAACAGCUACGUGUGUUACGGUUCCAUGGGCUUUCUCUGCCAGGAAGACCCCUAUCAGGGAACCUUGACAGCCUCCAGUAUCACCAGCUAUUCAGUCACGCUGAACUGGACUCAGGCACCAGGGCCGGUGACCUCCUAUACCCUGAAAGUGACCGGACCUACAAAUCAGACGCAAACCCUCACACUGGGCAACGUCACCGGGACUGUUCUGCAGUACCUGAUCCCGGCCAGCUUGUACACAUUCCAAGUGAUCCCAAAUAAAUGCCAACAAAGCCUGAACUCAGUCACGGGCUCCGCUUACACAAGUCCACCCCCCAGCCCAAGCCCGUUUGAGAAACAGUUUUACAUUCCCUCAGGUUCUCUCACCUGGGAUGCUGCCAGGAGUACUUGUCAGUCCUGCUUUGAAGAUCUGGCAGUCAUAAAUUCAGCAGCACGAACGCUGAAUGUCCCAAACUCUGGAAUUUCCAUGUGGAUUGGAUAUCGGAGGGCAAGCGAUAACUUCUUUGCAUGGGUUGAUAGGAACCAGACACUGUACAGCAACUGGGUCACAGGAGCAGACAGCAUUACUAGCUAUGAUUGUGCUUACCUGCAGACAAAUAUAAUGUGGAACAGCUACGUGUGUUAUGGUUCCAUGGGCUUUCUCUGCCAGGAAGACCCCUAUUAUGGACCAGUAACUUUCUCUAACAUCACCACCUCCUCGAUUACUGUGAACUGGACACAAGCACCAGGGCCAGUUAACUCCUACACGGUUACUGUGAGUGGACCGAUGGGCUGGAGCCGAUCCAUCUCCGUGGGCAAUGUUACGGGAACAGUUGUGAAUUACCUGAUCCCUAAUUCCAAUUAUACUUUUCAAAUUGUCCCCACAAAGUGCAGCAUUAACCUCAACCCUGCUGUCGCAUAUGCAAGUACAAGCCAGAUGUUCUUCCCCAGCCAACCAGAAAAAAGGUUUUACAUUAUGACUUCACCUCUGAGUUGGAACGACGCCCGACAAAAAUGCAUAUCCUGCUUCCAAGAUCUGGCUGUCCUGAACUCUGCAGAAAGGAUGCAAGCCGUUCCCAUCACUGGUCUGAACUUGUGGAUGGGAUAUUACCAAGUGGUCAAUGGGAUCUAUCUGUGGGUUGAUGGAAAUGAGACGUUUUAUAACAACUGGGCAGCUGGCCAGCCUAACAUUGCUGACAACUGUGCAUACCUGGCAACCACCAAACUUUGGUACAGUUAUUUAUGCAGCUACACCAUGCCAUACAUCUGCCAAGAAGACAGGUACUAUGGAAUCAUCACAUUCUCAGAUAUAAAUAGUUCUUCAGUCACCCUGAAUUGGACACAAGUGCCUGGGCCUGUUGACUCCUAUGAGCUGACAAUAAUUGGACCCACCACUCCGACCUGGACCCUGACGCUGAGCAACCUAACAGGAACUGUGGUGAACUAUUUGAUCCCUGACAGCUUGUACACAUUCGCCAUCAUUCCCAAUAAAUGUGGGUUUCAGUUGGACAAUGCCACCAGCUCAAUAUAUACAUGUGAGUUUGAACUUCACAGUUUCUCGUCCACAAUCAGUGCGAGGGUCAGCUGGGACCCUUGCCUGGCUGGAAUGCCCUCAAUGAAGAAGGACAGGAGGAGACAGCAUGCACAGGGCAUUGUAUCCCCGGACACGCUAGAUGGCAGCCCCCAGGAUUCCCACAGGGAGUCAUGGGAAGUGGAAUUGUUUGGCGCACCCCUUUUUCAUUCCAUGGGUGCUGCUGGGGGUGUUGUGGGGACUUUGGAACACCGGAAAUACUUCUGGGGAUAA